CAGAGAGAAGAAAAGAAGCUUCUACACUUCCAUUCUCCACCGACUUUCCUCGCCUCGUAACCCCACUGAAGUUUCUGGAAUUCUCAUAACCCAGAUUCUCUUUUUAUAUAUUCUUCUUCUUCUUCUCUCCCGCGUUAUCAAACUUGAGACCUGGUUUGUCGUUCGCGUUUCUCAUUUCUUCGUUGUCACAAAUUCACAAGCGCUUAGCGGCCAUGGCUGAAGAAGGCGUGGUUACGGUCUACGGAAGCGGCGCCAUCGCCGACCCUGCCAAGACCUCCUUCUCCAUCAAGGCUGGAAUGGCCCAGAUGCUCCGCGGCGGUGCCAUUUUCGAAGUCAUGAAUCUGGAUCAAGCCAAGAUCGCUGAGGAAGCCGGAGCUUGUGCCGUCAUCGUAUCGGAAUCGAUUUCCAAGGGCAUAUCGAGGCUGAUUGAUCCCGCUGUGAUCAAGGAAAUCAAGCGGAGAGUCUCAAUUCCGGUGAUUGCGAGAGCGCGGGUUGGGCAUUUCGUGGAAGCGCAGAUCUUGGAGGCCGUCGGCGUGGACUAUAUUGAUGAGAGUGAAUUGUCCGUUGCUGAUGAAGAUAACUUCAUUAAUAAGCAUAAUUUUCGAACUCCGUUUGUCUGCGGCUGUCGGGAUCUUGGUGAAGCGCUUAGGAGGGUGAGGGAAGGGGCUGUGAUGAUCCGGAUUCAGGGGGAUUUGUCUGGGUCCGGGAACGUUGCUGAGACGGUUCGGAAUGUGAGGAAAGUGAUGGGGGAUAUAAGAGUGCUAACGAACAUGGAUGAUGACGAAGUCUUCGCAUUUUCGAAGAAGAUAGGUGCAGCUUAUGAUGUUGUGGCCCAGACCAAGGAAAUGGCUAGGCUUCCGGUUCUGCAUUUUGCAGCCGGAGGCAUCGUCACCCCUGCUGAUGCCGCGCUGAUGAUGCAGUUGGGGUGCGAUGGAGUGCUUGUGGGUUCCAAAAUUUUUGGCUCUGCGGAUCCUUAUAAGCGAGUUCGGGCAAUUGUUCAGGCUGUUAGGCACUACAACGAUGCGCAGGUGUUGGCAGAGAGUUGCUCUGAAUUGGAUGUGGCAGUGGCGGACCUCAGAAUCGUUGAGGAGUAGGGAUAGAACACUCUGCAAUUGGAGGUCAGUGUUCCACCCUAACCUCGCCCUUUUGGAUCUAAUAUGGAGGCUAUACUUAGACUUUCGUCCAAUUGUUGUGUUGAUUUUGCAAUAAGAACUGAAAUUCUGUGUUAUAUCAACUUGUGUCGUAAUACAGAAAUCAAUCAGAAUAAAUCUGUAGUUGAGUUCACUGAAAGCAUUUAAGCUGAUUGAUUCACUUUAGAGAAUCCAUGUAGAAUGACAUUUCUGAUUUGUGAAUA